CGCUGCGCGGGCAAGGGAGUCAGGCAGACGCGGACGCCGUCGGAGUGGAAGCCAAAGCGGAAGUUCUUGUUGCUGAGGGGCCGCCGCAGCCGCCCCGAGCCUCCGGACCGACGCCAGACCCAGGAGGGCGCCGCGCGGCGAACUUGGCAAGAUGACCCAGUUCCUGCCGCCCAACCUUCUGGCCCUUUUUGCCCCCCGUGACCCUAUCCCAUACCUGCCACCCCUGGAGAAACUGCCACAUGAAAAACACCACAAUCAACCUUACUGUGGCAUUGCGCCGUACAUUCGAGAGUUUGAGGACCCUCGAGAUGCCCCUCCUCCAACUCGUGCAGAAACCCGAGAGGAACGCAUGGAGAGGAAAAGACGGGAGAAGAUUGAGCGGCGACAGCAGGAAGUGGAGACAGAGCUCAAAAUGUGGGACCCCCACAAUGAUCCCAAUGCUCAGGGGGAUGCCUUCAAGACACUCUUCGUGGCAAGAGUGAACUACGACACCACAGAGUCCAAGCUCCGGAGAGAGUUUGAGGUGUAUGGACCCAUCAAAAGAAUCCACAUGGUCUACAGUAAGCGGUCGGGAAAGCCCCGCGGCUAUGCCUUCAUCGAGUAUGAACACGAGCGGGACAUGCACUCCGCUUACAAACACGCAGACGGCAAGAAGAUUGAUGGCAGGAGGGUCCUUGUGGAUGUGGAGAGGGGCCGAACCGUGAAGGGCUGGAGGCCCCGGCGGCUAGGAGGAGGCCUCGGUGGUACCAGAAGAGGAGGGGCUGAUGUGAACAUCCGGCAUUCAGGCCGCGAUGACACCUCCCGCUAUGAUGAGAGGCCCGGCCCCUCCCCGCUUCCGCACAGGGACCGGGACCGGGACCGCGAGCGGGAGCGCAGAGAGCGGAGCCGGGAGCGAGACAAGGAGCGAGAACGGCGACGCUCCCGCUCUCGGGACCGGAGGAGGCGCUCACGGAGUCGAGACAAGGAGGAGCGGAGGCGCUCCAGGGAGCGGAGCAAGGACAAGGACCGGGACCGGAAACGGCGAAGCAGCCGGAGCCGGGAGCGGGCCCGGCGGGAGCGGGAGCGCAAGGAGGAGCUGCGUGGAGGCGGCGGCGACAUGGCGGAGCCCUCCGAGGCGGGUGAAGCGCCACCUGAUGACGGGCCUCCAGGGGAGCUCGGGCCUGACGGCCCUGAUGGUCCAGAGGAAAAGGGCCGGGAUCGUGAUCGGGAGAGACGGCGGAGCCACCGGAGUGAGCGUGAGCGGCGCCGGGACCGGGAUCGCGACCGCGACCGUGACCGCGAGCACAAGCGGGGGGAGCGGGGCAGUGAUCGGGGCAGGGAUGAGGCCCGAGGUGGGGGUGGCGGUGGCCAGGACAACGGGCUGGAGGGUCUGGGCAACGACAGCCGAGACAUGUACAUGGAGUCUGAGGGCGGCGACAGCUACCUGGCUCCGGAGAAUGGGUAUUUGAUGGAGGCUGCGCCGGAGUGAAGCGGUCCCUCUCCACCUGCUGAGAUUGGACGUGUUCCUGCCCCACCCCCUUGCUGUCAUCCCCUCCCCCAACCCUGGCCACCUCAAUUUGUCCUCCAAGGGUAGGUGUCUCAUUUGUUCUGGCCCCUUGGAUUUAAAAAUAAAAUUAAUUUUCUGUUGCUAGUGGG